UUUUUCUGUCAAUGUCGUUGUCGUUACAAUUUUUAGACUAUUUUGUAUAUUUUUCGCGCGUUUUCAUUUCUUGUCACUAUCAUCGGCUAUCGUAUUUAUUAUUCAAUUUAAAUGUAAUAUGAGUGAUUUGAACUUGUAAGCAGUAUAUUGUAGAUAAAAUUAAGAUUGGGUUAGGCUUAAUAUGAAUAAAAUAACCUCUAAAAGGAGCUGGGCUGAUGAGAUGGAUGAAGCUCAGAAUGAGAAACCUAAAACAGGAAAAGGUGGCAGUCGUGAAAACUCAAACAGCAGAAAGAAGUCAAAACCAAACAAUAAGGCUGAUACUGACAGUAAAGCAUGUCCACCAAAAAAGCCAUUAGAACUGGAAACUGAUCCCCUAAUAUUACAAAGAAGACAAAAACAAAUUGACUAUGGAAAAAACACAGUUGGAUACCACAAUUACAUUAGCCAAGUGAAAAUGGAUGAACGCACAAAAGAUCAUCCAAGAACACCUGAUAAGUUUACUAAAUACAGCAGAAGGUCAUGGGACACGCUUAUUAGGAUGUGGAGAAAAAAAUUACAUGAGUAUGAUCCAAAUGCCAAUUCAGAUAAUAAUGACGAAGGGGACGAUGAAAAUCAAGAUGCUGGAAAUUUUUUACAUAAGUUGCAGACUCAGGAGUGACUUCAUAACUAUCAAUAAAGAUUGAUGAAAGAUAAUAUAACAAAACUACUAUAAGCAUAUAUAAAUAAGUAUUAUAGUAGCUAUGUACAUAGCUUUAAGGUUUACUACAUAGGUUUGUUUUGUUUCAAUUUCAAAAACAAAAUUGAUCUAGUACUUUGACAUUGUUGUUAUAUACAGGUCUUUAUCCUGUGUUCUAAUCAUAAAUGUAUGUGUCAAAAUUACACAGGUCUCCUUGUGCAUGUUGAGUAGGUAGCACUUUGCUAGGAAUAAGCUGAUUGAUGAUUAUUUUAUUGUCAGAAUCAUAAUCUUCCAUGCCUUUUCUGACUUGUUUUUCUCUUAAAUUACCGUAUCUUUGUUUCUACUAAUUGUCAAAUGUGAAAUAUCCAUAAUAUUAUAUAUUAUAAUGUCAGAUGUGUAUGUCAUAAAGAAACGUAGGCAAAAAAAACUGGGUAUAUAAUACAAAAUGUAUACAAUAACUAUUUCCUAUAAUUCAGAAAGAGUCCAUUAUUAUUUUCUCAUACUACUAUUAUAAGAGAAGAGAAUAAAACUGAUUAAUAUCA